AUGAGCGUGGAAUCAGGAAGCCCUGACCCAGACCCUUCCUGCCCUCCACUGCACCCACCUACAGAUGAACAGGUCACUUUUGAAAGCAGCACCUCAGGAUCACAGCCAAGUGAGACUGAGGGGAAGUCCCGCGAGUCAGAGAGCAGUCCCAGAGAGGACACUGAUGGAUCAGCUCAGAUGAUGGAAAACACCAGGAAGAGGAAACGCUGUUCCAAGGACUCCACACAGGUCAAAAUGGAAAAUGAGGGUACCUCCCACUCAGAAGAGAGACAAAAGACACCAGCCAAGAACACUGAGCCAGAAGCCAAUGGCCACCCAGGAGGAUUAGCCCGCUGCCCAGAACCUCCGCACACAAGUCCACCGCCACUUCGAAAGAGCCUAGUGCUCUCUCUUCGGGCAAUGUCUGAGGCUGUUUGUGGAGACAUAGCUCAGCUGCAGGCCCAGCAGCGUCAUUUCCUGCUCACCCAGGAGCAACUCUCUAAGCUCACACAGCUCUCAGGGUCUCUGAGUGCCAUGGUGCAGACCUUCUACAGCCUGGCCAACCAAGCUAGCUUUGCCUUCCCAGCUGAGGGCUGGCUUGUCCCAGCCCUCAUGGCUGACCCCCAGGAGCUGACUGGGAAUGACUCUCGGAGUUCUUCAUUGGAGGAAGGACAGAUCACGGAUACUGCCAGCCCAUCAGACAAGUCCUGA